AUGGCCAAAUGGGAGGAUGCUGGAGGCUUUGGCAUGGCUCAACAAAACAACUAUUACUUCACCUGGCAAAGGGAGCAGCUGAGGUCCCAUUACAGCCUCGAUUACCACUGUGACAACAGUGAUGAACAGCCGCACAGCUUUUACCAUCUUCCCUGCUACGGCAGGGACUCCACAUGGAAGGGAACCGGGCCCAGCCCUCUGCCUGUGUAUGAGAAUCCGGAACCCCUAGCUGGGCCUUGGGCCACUCCAGAGGAAACCUCAGCCCCAGCUGGAAAUGAAGAGGAAGAACUUCUAGCAGACCCAGACCUUCAUUUGAAUAUUGAAGAAUCAAACAAGGAGUUCAUGGCAGAAAAGGAAGAGCUGUAUGACUCCCUCAUGAGCUGUCACUGGCAGCCUCUGGACACCGUCCUGUCUAACACCCCCAAUGAGCCCCACCCCACCCCCAAUGUGAAACAAGUGUUCACCAUGCCCUCCAGCUGACCAGUUAAUUGUAUCUUGUUUUGGUUUUGAAGGGGAAAAAAAAUCCAGAAAUUUAUCAGAUUAUGAAUAUAUUAUUAAAUUUUUUCCUAGUACUGGGAUUACACCCAGUCAUGUGGGUGUUAGGAAAACACUCUACCACUGAGUUCUGCCCCCGCCCUCAGAAACUGUAUGUAAAUAUAAAUUUCUGGGACUUCAGUGAGACUGACAGGAUGGAAUACGAUGUAAAUAAAGAUUACCAGCAGCCAU